AUGCUACUAGGCGCGACGCAGCAGCAGCACGUUCUGCUGCUGCAGUCUCAUGGCCUUCCUGCUGCUGCAGAGGAGCUGCAGCACAGGAUACAGCAACGAGGGAGCAACACAAAAUCUUCAAUAAACAGCAGCAGCAGCAGCAGCAGCAGCAGCAUCGGAUUAUUUUCUAGCAGCAGCACAGUAGCAGCAGGAGAGGUUCCUCUUACUAGGGGAGAAGCAGCAGAAGUGCAGCAAUACUUUAAUACAAUAGAGAUGAUGGAUGUUGACGAGUGUACAGACACCGCAGUUGCUCCCCUACCUGCUGUUUCUCUGCUGCAGCAAGAAGAAAAAAGCAGCAUCAGCGACAGCAGCAGCAGCAACAGCAGCAGCAGCAACAGCAGCAGCAGCAGUGUCGAAGACCGUGCAGGGACGCCUGCGAAAGAAACAGACCUAGCUACUGCGUUCACAAGCUGGGUGCAUGCACCAAGGGAGCAGCAACAGCAACAGCAACAGCAACAGCAGCAACAGCAGCAGCAGCAACAGCAGCAGCAGCAACAGCAGCAGCAGCAACAGCAGCAGCAGCAACAGCAGCAGCAACAACAGAAACAGCAGCAGCAACAACAGAAACAGCAGCAACAGCAGCAGCAGCAACAACAGAAACAGCAGCAACAGCAGCAGCAGCAACAGCAGCAACACCAACAGCAGCAUCACCAACAGCAGCAUCACCAACAGCAGCAGCACCAACAGCAACAGCAACAGCAACAGCAGCAACAGCAGCAGAUAUGGAUAUCAUCGGAGCGAAAGCAGCAAGAGUACAUGCGCAGGCUCGUUGCUGCGGAGGUUAUUGAGCGCCUUACCCGCAAACCCAGUAGCAGCAGCAGCAGCAGCAGCAACAGCCGCAGCAACAGCAACCCAAUCGGCAGCAGCAGCAGCAACACGAACAACAGCAGCAGCAGCAACAGCCGCAGCAACAGCAAUCCAAUCGGCAGCAGCAGCAGCAACACGAACAACAACAGCAGCAGCAACAGCCGCCUCAACAGCAACCCAAUCGGCAGCAGCAGCAGCAACACGAACAACAACAACAACAGCAACAGCCGCAGCAACAGCAACACCAUCGGCAGCAGCAGCAGCAUCGGUAGCAGCAGCAGCAGCAGCAGCAGCGACUUGCCUUCAACUAGUGCAACAUGGCAGCGUGCACAAGCAGGAUCAUCAUCAUCAGUAUCGGGAGCAGCAGGAGCAACAGGAGCAGCAACAGCAGCAACAGCAUCAAUAGCAGCAGCAGCAGCAACAGCAACAACAGCAACAACAACAGCAGCAAUAACAGCAACAACAACAACAACAACAACAACAGCAGCAGCAGCAGCAGCAGCAGCAGCAACAGCAAUUGGUCUGUCUACGGAUAAGAUACCAUCUGUAUCUCUUAAAUUAUUGCCAACAAUUAUAAAUAAUUUACCAGACUUUAUUGAUAAACGCAUGCAAUCAGGAAGAUUGUGCCGGCAGUUGUCUGCAAACAUUUUGGCUUCUAUACUCAAGAUCUUGUUCAGGAAGGAGAUGGUGUAUGGUCCGUUUCACGCCGCGACUCUUCCCCUCCAUCAGCAACAGCAGCAGCAGCAGCAGCAACAGGACCACCUGCAGCAACAGCAUCGCCUGUAG